AUGAACCAGUUCAGCUUCGGGACGGCCGCGCCCGGCGGCGCCUUCAGCCUGGGCGCGCCCAGAGCCGCCGCCACCACCACGGCGCCCACCAGCGGCUUCUCCUUCUCCGCGCCCGCGCCCGCCGCCGCCUCCGGCGGCUUCAGCUUCGGCAGCGCGGCGGCGCCGGCGGCGGGCGGCAGCCAGCCCGCCGGGCUCUUCUCCUUCAGCAGGCCGGGCGCGGCCGCGCAGCCUUCCGGCUUCAGCUUCGGCUCCGGCUCCGGCUCGGCCGGCGCGGCCCCCGCGGCCCCGGCAGCCGCCGCCUUCCCGCUGGGGGCAAACACCCCAAAAGUGAACUUUGGAGCCAGCACUGCCACUUCAGCUCCUGCAAUCACGGGGGGCUUUUCUUUUGGUGCCCCUGCUGCAACCAGCACACCCUCGAGUCAGGCAGCGGCCCCGUCUGGCUUUACCUUUGGCUCUGCUGGCACCAGCAGCACCAGCACAGCUCCGUCUGGGACUACAGGAGGGUUCACCUUCUCCAGUGGCACCACGACCCAGGCGGGAACAGCCGGCUUCAGCAUCGGCACCGCGGCUCCGCAGGCGACGUCCGCAGGGCUGACCUUUGGCACGGCCCCUGCGGCUGCUGCCACCACCAGCACGGCCACCCUGGGAGCUGCCACCCCGUCAGCAGCGCCCUUCAGCCUUGGGGGGCAGCCCACAGGUCUAACCUUUGGGGCACCGCCUUCAACAGCAGCCACCAGUACAACCACGGCAACGCUGACCACAGGUGCCAGCCAGGCACCCACUCUGUCCUUUGCAACCAAGCUUGGAGUCACAUCCACAGCUGCCACCACGGCCUCCACCACCAGCACCACCUCAGUGCUGGGCUCCACGGGGCCCUCCUUGUUUGCAUCUGUGGCCACUUCUUCAGCCCCAGCCUCCUCCACCACCACGGGCCUCUCACUUGGUGCCACUUCCACUGGUUCCACUGGGACAGCCAGUCUGGGGACACUUGGCUUUGGAAUAAAAGUUCCUGGAACAACAGCUGCCACAACAAGCACAGCCACUGGGACUACUACUUCUGCUUCUGGCUUUCCUUUGAAUCUGAAGCCAUUGACUACAACUGGUGCCAUUGGAGCUGUGACCUCCACAGCUGCCAUAACCACAACCACCACACCCAGUGCCCCCCCAGUGAUGACUUAUGCCCAGCUGGAGAGUUUGAUAAACAAGUGGAGCCUAGAACUGGAAGACCAGGAGAAGCACUUUCUCCAUCAAGCUACACAAGUCAAUGCCUGGGACCGGAUGCUGAUAGAGAAUGGCGAGAAGAUUACUUCGUUACACAGAGAAGUAGAGAAGGUGAAGGUUGAUCAGAAGAGACUGGAUCAGGAGCUGGACUUCAUUCUGUCCCAGCAGAAAGAGCUGGAGGACUUGCUGACCCCUCUGGAGGAGUCUGUGAAGGAGCAGAGCGGGACCAUCUACCUGCAGCACGCGGAUGAGGAACGGGAGAGGACCUACAAACUGGCUGAGAACAUUGAUGCUCAGCUGAAGCGCAUGGCACAAGAUCUGAAGGACAUCACUGAGCACUUGAACACAUCAAGAGGCCCAGCAGACACGAGUGACCCGCUUCAACAGAUCUGUAAAAUUUUGAAUGCACACAUGGAUUCCCUGCAGUGGAUUGACCAGAACUCGGCUGUGCUGCAGAGAAAAGUGGAAGAGGUGACAAAGGUUUGUGAGAGUCGCCGCAAGGAGCAGGAGCGCAGCUUUCGGAUCACCUUUGAUUGAAACACUCCCAUCUUCAAAGGAUGAACAUAAAACCUCCACAGAAAACAGAAGUGUUUGAGGUCUGAGUUGAUGACCUGGCUUUAUUUCUUUACUUGGAAUAAAAUAUA